AUGGCAUAUUCUCUUGAUUGCUUUUUUAUAAACGUUUCAGAUAUUCCAAUCAUUUACUUUAGAAUUAUUAGGAGUCUAAUCAUGACAUUUUCAUAUAUAACAGUGUUUUUCACUUUUGGUGGAAUAGUAAUAAUUUUUAACUUCAUAAAAUACAAGUUCUCAUAUAUUCCUACAGCUCUUAUUUAUGUGUUUAUCUUCUUGCAACCAAAUUUAAUUGGAAGCUUAAUCUCUUAAAUAUCUUAUAGAAAAAUUUCAGAUGAAUAUUGGAUUCAAGGAAAUGUGGCCUAUCGUUAUGAUACAGAUAUACAUGCUAAAUGGUUGUUAGGAUUUUGUAUUCCCUUAUCGUUAUUCUUUGGAACCAUAAUGCCUGCUUACUUGUGGUAUGGAGUAAGAAAAAAUUAACAUCGAUUAGUUAGUACUUAAGUAAGAUAAAUCUGGGGCUAUCUUUAUAAUGAAUAUAAAUUACAUAUUUUGUUAAAUUGAGUGA